AUGUUAUCUCCACUUGCAGACGUUGCACGGCCCGUUACUCGCCUCCCAAACCAGGGCAGCUCAUGGCAUCCGGGCUGCAUUGAGCGUUGUUUCUGCCCCGACCUGGCUUUGACAAAGAAUAAACACCUUCACAAGCUUUGCCAGUACAACGAGCCGGAUGAAAAUGACGAGAACCGGGCGGGACACAGGAAGACACACGACGGAAAGGCCAGCCCGCUGCGCCAUCAGUACGCCAACAACAGAAGCAGUAGCAGCAGCAGUGGGAGGUCACCCUACCCGAAGGGCUCGGAUUCGCCACGUACUGACAUCAUUUGCAUCCGGAGGCAUAGCGCUGACAGGCGGAACAAUUAUUCGCCAACGGCCUACCGUGGUUAUCGAUGCCACUUGGACGAUGAAUACGAAAUAGAGUAG